UGAACGUGUACAAGUCUGUUCGUGCUGUUUUGACAUUUUCAAAAAUUUUUACACUUGAAACGAGAUAAAUAUUUAUUAUUCAAGCGUUGGAGACAAAGCGAGGAUUCUAAGUGCUAAAAGUGCAAGCAACACGAACAGACCUUAUAAAAAGCUAUCUUGCGCGCCGUUUCAAGUUUCGAAACGGAAUGAUGGAGAUUGAGUAUGAUUGAAUGGACGAGGAUGGUUAGAAAGUAAUAAACAGAUUACCGUUACGAUGAAUUUGGAGAGAUCUGUUAAGGAGACAGAGUCAUCUGAUAAAGCAAAGAUAGGCAAAUUAAAAAGACGUUCGGUUUCCUCUUCUAUUAAUGAUUCUGAGAAUAGAAAAAGACGAAACAUAUGCAGUAAGGAUAAAAGAAGGAAGUCAAAACAUAGAAGUAGUUCCAAUAGUUCUAGUUCUUCGAACUCAGAGAGAAAUACAUAUAAAGUAAAGAAGAAUAGAGAUGAGGAUGUAAAGCACAAAACUAAGAAGUAUGGAAAUAGUACAGAAUUGCAAAGAAGAAGUGGAAAAUUUAAUAACGAUUAUAGAUUCUACAAUCGGAGACAUGGUAACUUUUUGAAUAAUCAAAGAGAUUAUAACUAUUCACGACCUUACAGACACCAUAACUAUUAUAAUAGAAAUAGAAGAGAGACACAUAACAAUUUUCAUUAUAAUAGAUAUUAUAACAGAAGUUUUGAAAGAAUGUUAAAUCACAACAGAUCAAGAAUAUCAAAUUAUCAUAGAAAUACUGGCCACGAUGCAACUAGUCAGCUUUCGCGAGAGAGUAGUUCAAAGGAGCAUACGAAUCAAUUGAGAUCUAUCUCUAAGAGAGACAAAUUUGAUUCAAUAAAAGAUAACACAGAAAUUGUUGAAGAAAUAAAACAGAGAGAAAAGACAAAAGCAGAAAAUGCACAAAAUGUAACUCAGCCCAGUCGCAAGAAAUUAAAGAGAAAAAGAUCUUUAUCUACUUCUAGUUCUUCUAGUGUCAGUAGCAGUAGUAGCGAUAGUAGCUGCAGUAGUACCAGCAGCAGUAAUAGCAGCAGCAGCAGCAGUAGUAGUAGUAGUAGUGACAGCAGUGGUACUGAUAGCAGUAGCAGCAGUAUUGAUAGUUCAGAGAACAAAAAAAAGCAGAAAAAAUCUAAAAAAAAGGCUAAAAAAAUCAAGAAGGCCAUAAAAAAACGAAAGAAGAAAAAACGCAUGAAGCAAAAAUUGAAAAAGAAACUAAGGAAAUCUACAUCCAAGAAAAAAGGACACAAGAAGAAAUCCAAGUCUAAAGAAAACAAACAAGUUCAAGAUGAUAAAGAAAAAACAAAGGAAAUUGUAUCAGACCUGUCAGAACGAGCAAAAGCCAUGGCACCUAUGACAAAAGAGGAAUGGGAAAAAAGGCAGAGCAUCAUACGCAGAGUAUAUGACGAGGAGACUGGAAGACAUAGAUUAAUCAAAGGCGAUGGAGAAGUUUUGGAAGAAAUAGUGAGUCGUGAACGACACAAGGAAAUUAAUAGACAAGCGACUAAAGGAGACGGCAAAUAUUUUCAAACACACUUGAAGAUAAACGCUCUAUGAAAAAAUUUUGUGUUAUAAACAAAAAUCGUAAUUAUCUUCUUUACAAAUAUGAAUUAGAUAUUGUAAUAUAGACUUAUAUAAGUUAUUACAUAUAUAUAUAUAUAUAUAUAUAUAUAUAUAUGUGUGUGUAUAACUUACAUAAUUUAUGUAAAUUAUAUAUUUAUAUAUAUGUAAAACUGAUAUUCUUCCUUGUCACAUAAUAUUGCUAUCUGACAUUACGUUUUGUAUUAAUCGCAUUGCAUUUUGAACAAAUUUAUCUAAGGGCAUAACAUAUAACAAUUAUAAUUCAUGCGUGGGUCAUAGAAAAUUAGAUUAAGUUCAAAUUUUUUAAUGACAUCCCUUAUUAUAUGUAUUGGAAAUAAAUUUUUAUGUAGGAAA